ACUUUGCUUAUGCUUGGAUAGCUGGAAUGAUUCAGCAUGGCAAGGGCAUCACAGGUCUCUAUUGUCCCACAGUCAACUGCUACCAGCGUUUCACACUGGACAACAGUUCUCCAAAGCACUUGGACUGGGACAUUGACAGCUGUAACACCUUUAUAAGUGUUCAUGUAGCACGAGAACAAGUCUGGAUUGAGACGAGAUUGCCCAGCUCUGCCUGCAAUCCUUACUUUGUACUCUUGGCCACGCUUGCUUCCGGACUAGACGGAGUGGCUAAAAAGCUGACUUGUCCAGCAAAAUCAUAUUCUGGGGCUGAUGCGGUACCACAGUCUCUAGGGCUAGCUUUGGAUGCUCUUACAGCUGAUCCAGUUCUAGAAGAGGCUCUGUCACCUUUGUUGCUAAAAGCUUUUGUAAGUAUUAAACGUGAUGCCGAAAUUGCUAAAUAUCAGGAACUGGAGGCAGCUGAGGAUAAAGAAGAGAAGAUCAAAUUACUGGAAAAGCAUUUAUAUCUAAUAAGGAUCUAG